GACCUCUCAAUUUUAUGCAAUUAUUGUGAAUUUUACCAGAACCUAAUCCGUUUUGUACUUUGUGACACGUUAAAAAAUAGAAUUUUACUAAAAAAUCUGUCAUAAAUGUUUAGAAACUAGUUCUAAAAUAGAAAGGAUAGUAAAUAGCUAGUUAAGAACCCGUGGCUUUAUUAAAAAUGGAUCCCAUGGCGUUGCAUGCACCUGUGGACUUCAACAAAUCAUUAGAGGAAAUGACACCAGAGGAAAGGAUGCGUGCUGAACAUCAACUGAUGCAUGAAAAACACAAAGGUCAUGAGGCAAUGCAUUCCGAAAUGGUACUUGUAUUACUCAUAACACUUAUUGUGGCACAGGUUAUAUUAGUUACAUGGAAGCAACGUCACUAUAAAUCCUAUGCGGCAACGACACUAGUCGCGAUGUGGUUAAUACCGAUGGGAAUAUCGAUCAGUUACAGUUUUAUACGAUUUAUUGUCAUUUGGAUAUUAUUCUCGCUAUUAACUGCAUUCGUUAUCAGAAAAGCGGUUAGCAAACCUAUAGAGCGCACAACACCAAGAUUAGUGUACAAAUGGUUUUUACUUAUAUAUCAGAUUAGUUAUAUCCUCGGCAUAGGCGGCUAUAUUGUGAUGAUGGCUACAUUUAUAGGUUUUAAUUAUAUUUUCAAUCAAGGUCCUAACGUAUGGAUGGACACGGGCUUAUUACUCGUGUUUUACGGUCUUUAUAUUGGCGUAUUGGGCCGUGACAUAUCUGAAAUUUGUUCGGAAAAAAUGGCUGUACAAAUUGGAUAUUACACUCCACAAGGCAUACCCACACGUCAUCUAGAUAAUAAUGUAUGCGCAAUUUGUGGGAAUCAGCUUUUGGUGAACGUCAAAGAAGAGGGUCUCUUUGAAAACACCUAUAAGUUAACUUGCAAUCAUAUUUUUCACGAAUUCUGCAUUCGUGGUUGGUGUAUUGUGGGUAAAAAGCAAACUUGUCCUUAUUGCAAGGAAAAAGUGGAUCUCAAAAGAAUGUUUCGUAAUCCUUGGGAACGGCCGCAUGUACUAUAUGGACGAUUACUAGAUUGGAUUAGAUGGCUUGUCGCUUGGCAACCGCUUAUUUUCUUCAUUGUACAAGCAAUAAAUUGGGCCUUAGGUUUAGAAUAAUAGUGGACACAAAGUUUCUUCUAGUCAUUAGAUAAUUAAAAUAAAAUAAAAACAUCAAACUGAACCAAUAA